AUGCUCUCAAUCGCAUAUUUCUUGAAACCGGUGGUGGUAGAAGCUAUUCGCCACGUUCUGCAGGGUCUUUCCAGUGGCCGCGAAGUUGCAGAAACACCGGUGGAAUACGUCAGAAAAGAAGAAAAAGAAGAGAUUUCGAACGCCCCGGAAUGGGACAGUGGAGUAAACACCGCGUCCCACAACGCCACGUCGUCAGGCCAAGAGGACGCGGAAUUUAUGUACGAUAACGACAUAACCAGCACCAUAACCGAGAUCGAACCCGUGUCCGAUCUAGAGACCGGAGCCCGGGCUGACGAUACCAGUGACGCCGACGUGGUUGCGGGGCCGAACGACUGGAGAUUUGUAAUGAUCAGAUCCAGUCCGGUUCGGGACCUAGUUAACCAUUUCAACGGUCUCGCGCAAAGGUGA